GUUCUCGGAGCGCGAUUGGCUGGCGCGAGACGGGCGGUCUGAGAUGGCGGGGCGCGGCCGCGGGUGGCCGCGGGAGCCGCUCAACGGGCUGCAGGCGCGGGCCGGGGGCGGCGCGUCUCCUUACCAGCGGCUGGGCCAACGCAUGCAGGAUGUUACUGGUGACAGAGGGGUGUUAAAGGAGGUUAUCCGUGCCGGCGCUGGAGAAGUUGUGCCCCAGGAUGCUUCUGUGUUAGUGAAAUAUUCUGGGUACCUGGAAUACAUGGAUAAGCCCUUUGACACAAACUGGUACAGGAGGAAUCCUCGGCUGAUGAAACUUGGAGAAGAGAUUACACUUCAGGGCAUGGAGGUUGGCCUGCUGACCAUGAAGAAGGGAGAGUUGGCAAGAUUUCUCUACACACCAAGUUAUGCCUAUGGGGCAUUGGGCUGUCCUCCUUUGAUUCCCCCUAAUGCCACAGUCUUGUUUGAGAUGGAGCUUCUGGACUUUCUAGACUCGGCUGAGUGUGACAGAUUCUUUGAUUUGACUCCUGAGCAGCAGGAUACGUUCCCACUACAGAAGAUGUUGAAAGUGGCAAACACAGAGAGGGAGUUUGGCAAUUACCUCUUCCGCCAGAAGCGCUUCAUGGAUGCCAGAGAGAGAUACAAGCGGGCCUCCUUGAUCCUGUGUCGCAGGCCUUCCAGUGGGGAUGAGCAGUGCCAGAUUGAUGCUGCCAAACUGCUGGUGUUUUUGAAUCUGUCAUUUACUUACCUGAAGCUGGAGCGUCCUGUCCGAGCUCUGACAUAUGGAGAAAAGGCACUGGAGAUUGACGAGAGAAAUGCCAAAGCAUUAUUCAGGUGUGGCCAGGCUUGUCUCUCUCUGACAGAAUAUGGAAAAGCUCGGGAUUUCCUUGUCAGAGCUCAAAAAGAACAGCCCUUUAACCAUGAUAUUAACAAUGAGCUGAAAAAGCUGGCCAGCUGUUACAGGGACUACAUGGAUAAGGAGAAGGAAAUGUGCUGCCGAAUGUUUGCUCCUCUCAGCUUUUCUCCUGUGGAACCAGAAAUAAAGGACGAACCCUUGGCAGUGGUAUGACAUAUCAUCAACCCGGUGCUGGAUUUCCAAUGCAGCUGAGAGCUGGACCACCUUCCUGAACCCACAAAUGAAUCCUCUGCAGAUGAAAGGAACGGUUCCAUAACUGGAAGGAAGCUACCUCUAGUCUGCAAACAUUGCAUCCGGGCUUUGGGAGGAAGGGGGACGGAACCUCGUUUCAUUGGAGAGCUCAGAAAUGAGGAGGCUGCAAACCUGUUCUCAGUUUUAUAUGUACAACAUGUUUUCCCAGAUAUUAAUUCCUGUUUGUGAAAUCUUGAGUCUCCGUCUUUGAAAAUAAGAUUAAACUCUGCAGUAGGAAAGGAGAGACCGCCCCUCAGGCUUUACGCUGUCUCAUUAAUGGAACCCUGGAUUAUUCACAGAAGCUGAUAUUGACUUUAUUUUGAAACAGACUUUUUCUCAGUCUUCUCUGACCUCUUCCAAGGUUUGGGAUGCUCAGAGGAAAUAUGUAAAUAAAAGUAGGAUGCCAGGGAAGUUGUAUUUACGCAGCUUGUUCUUAGAAUAAUUAUGUUUAAAAUUUGGUUUUGUUUUGAAAAAAUAAACGGAU